CUCAGCCCCCAAUAACGAAGUGAGCGAGCGGGCGAGUGCGCUAUCGUUUGACAGUUCUAACUUCUAAUCUUGGUGAAGAACCCUGACGGCUGACAAGUGACAACCCUGUUAAUCCGUUUUUACUGCCGGCGGUGUCUGCGUCUAUUGGAGAAGAAAGGCCGUCUUAUCUGCCGCAGUGUCGAAUGUAAUUAACGCCUUCCAUUCGAGUACCACUUGCCCUAGCCUUUAUUGAAUAUAAAAUAAAAACGGCGCGCUAUCGGACCGAGGGGAAAAAACCGGUUUUUGAAACUUUGUUUUAUUUCUGUCCUAAACGCGCCGGGUUCAAAAAUUUUCGAUAUGACCAAAAACGGCACCCCCGCCGACUCUGCAGAUGGUCCGAAAAUGUCCAAAUGCUUUAAACAAAGCCUUAUGGACUACUCCAAGUUCAAGAGCCAAAACCAAAUAGAAAGGAUUAACACCAUAGUCUCAAAAAAAAGGUGUGAUGUCAUUAAAUGGAAUGGAUGGGGUUAUAAUGAUUCUAAAUUCGUAGUGGAUAAUGGCGUUAUUAUAUUUACAGGCAAAAGAUACCCUAUUGGUGAGGUAGAACUGCCUUAUUUUACAGAAUGGGUUCAAAAAGUAUUUGACAUUGAUCUUAACCAAAGAAACAUACCAGCUUCAAUUCCUCCACCAGAAGCGUACCCUGAUUCAAAAAUCCCAGAUGAAUUCACAAAUCUGUUGGGCUCAAAGGGAAUAUCUUGGUCAAAAGAUGGUUUCGAUAGAUUGGUUAGGUGUCAUGGCCAAACAUUACAUGAUAUUUACAGUCUUCGUCAAGGCCUUAAGGAAGGGAUCAUUCCUAAAAUCCCAGAUGUUGUAGUUUGGCCAGAGACACAUGAAGAUGUUAUUGAAAUUGUAAAUUUGGCUGAAAAGUUUGGUGUUGUUAUAAUCCCUUAUGGUGGUGGUACUAGUGUGUCUGGUGCUUCUACAUGUCCAGAAUUUGAAGACAGAUCUAUAUGUGCUCUAGAUACAUUGCUCAUGAAUGGUAUAAAAUGGUUAGAUCCACAAAACCUUCUAAUCUGCUGUCAAUCCGGUAUAAUGGGACAAGAUUUAGAAUCUUAUCUGAAGACCCGAGGAUACACAACAGGACAUGAACCUGAUUCAUAUGAAUUUUCCACUAUAGGAGGAUGGGUUGCGACUAGAGCAUCUGGUAUGAAAAAAAACAUCUAUGGAAAUAUAGAAGAUAUUGUUGUAAGCGUUAAAAUGGUCACUCCAAGAGGAGUCCUUCAAAGGGUCGGGAUAAAUCCCAGACAGUCUACAGGCCCUGACUUCAAUCAUAUUAUUUUAGGAUCUGAAGGCACUCUUGGGGUGAUCACUGAUGUGGUUUUAAAAAUAAGGCCUCUUGCAAAAUAUAAGAAGUAUGGAUCCGUUGUUUUUCCACAUUUUGAAGCUGGGGUUGCUUGCAUGAGGGAAGUCGCCAGACAGAAAUGUCAACCGGCAUCGAUCCGCUUAAUGGACAAUGAACAAUUCCAGUUCGGACAAGCACUGAGACCGCGGACGUCUGGUCUCAUGUCCUAUUUUAGUGAAUCUGUUAAAAAAGCCUAUUUGACAAAAAUCAAAGGUUUUGAACUAAAUCAAAUAUGUGUGACUACUCUUCUUUUUGAAGGUGACAAGAAAAAUGUUGAACUGCAGGAAGCGAAAAUUUACGAGAUUGCAAAAGAAUGUGGCGGCAUUCCUGCUGGCGAAAAAAAUGGAGAAAGAGGUUACACUCUCACAUUUGUGAUUGCGUACAUUAGAGACUUAGCUCUUGAAUAUUACAUAGUAGCUGAAUCUUUUGAAACUUCAGUGCCUUGGGAUCAGACUAUAAAUCUAUGUAAAAAUGUAAAAUAUGUUGUUGACCAAAAAUGCCAAGAAUUUGGAAUUAAAAACUUUUUAAUUUCUCACCGUGUCACACAAACUUAUGAUUGUGGAUGCUGUGUAUAUUUUUAUUUUGGCUUUAACUGGAGAGGAAUGAGCGAACCAGUGACAGUUUAUGAACAAAUAGAAGAAGCAGCAAGGGAUGAAAUACUAGCUUGUGGGGGAUCAUUGUCCCACCAUCAUGGAGUCGGAAAAUUGAGAUCUAGGUGGUACAAGGGUCAAGUGUCAGAUGUUGGAGAAAUGAUGUACAAACAAGCUAAACUAUGUCUGGAUCCGAACAAUACCUUUGCGACUGGAAACCUAUUGGUGAAUGCAAAAUUGUAGCCUCAUCUUCAUUUGUGGAAAACAUUCCAGAAGUGCUCAAAAUGUUUAUUUACAAAUGAUUUAUGAUCAUUUUAAUGUGGCAAUAGAAAAAAAAACUUUACCAAUGCGUUUGCAGUUAUUUAUAAUAUAAUAUGCUAGUCAUUUGUACUUGUUUAUUUAAUUGUAUUUAAUGUGUGUUCCCUUAAUUUACAGUUAUUUUGAAUAAACUUGUAAAUUAUUCAGUUGUUUGUUAACAUUUAGUUUUAGUUAUAACUUUUUGAGUGUAUUUAUUUGAUUUUAAUUUGUGUAUGUCAAAGUUUGUGUAGUUAAGUUUGAAGGAUUUACAGUCACAGAAAGAUAUUUCAUUUGAAUAUGUUGAAUAUUUUACAGUUUUUAUUUACAAAACAGAUUUGAAAAAUAAACCUCAAGGUUCAAAGUACAUUAUGUAUAUCAUUCUAGUAUGUCUUAAAUCCCUUCUCUUAAAUUUGCUAAUCUAUACCAGCAAUGCUUCUUUAGGAUAUGUCAGUUAAUUCUUCUCUUGAGUUGGUUAAGCUUUUCACUGGCUGAGUUGUAAUUUCAAAAUUGUCUGUUUUGCAUUUUAUUGCCAUUCUAAAAAUGACAAGUCAGAAAAAUUGUCCAAUCAUUUAUGACACGAGGUCAGAAAAAACAUUUACACUUAAACCAAAGUUUGUAAUAGGAAAAUGUCUUGAUUCAGAUCUCUACAUACAAUGCCAAUACAUUUCCAAGAAACAGUGCAUUUUUGAAAAAUCAUCUAACGAAUGGACAAUCACAGAUUUAAGUGUAUUGAUUACAACCAUGGUAAAUGAUAAAAUAAUAUAUGAACCAACUAUAUUAAAAAAUGGCGACAUUAUAUCAUUCACUUGUUAUGAUGAGAGUGAAUAUUAUUUUUUUAAUAGUCUACAUGACUAUCUUAUUUUUGGAAAAUUGAUAACACCAAGCAAAAUAGUUAAUCCUCGCUUGCAAAGUUACAGCCAGCAGUUUGACAGGCUUAAACAAGCCCAUCAGGAGAUAAUGCAUGAACUGGAUAGGUUAGACUCGAUGAUAGAUAUUGGAAAAAUAAGUAAAGGACAAUAAAUUGUAACAAUAGUUCAUAAUUUUCUCAUGUUGCAAAUAUUAAAUUCUUCCAUUGAAAAAAAAAAUUGGAAUCUGUAGCUUUCCCUUUUUUAUAAUGAUAUUAACUCAAAAAAAAGUUUAAACAUUUUCAACACAAAGCUUGUAAUUUUAACAUCAUACUGGUUUAACAAUACUUUUAUGUUUUAUUCUGUGUUGUACAAUCAAAACUUACCAGACAAUAAUUUUAAACUCAUAUUUAUUUUUGCUAUGUUGUAUUUUAAUUGUUAAUUAAUAAAGUUGCAUCAUAUAUUAUGUUA